GCGGGACCCGAGGGCGCGGAGCGGGCCUGCCCCGGGAGGCGACACGGCCCGCGCCGUCCGGCGAUUCAAGCACCCUUUAAGGACCAAUGUACCCAAUAGCUCAUGGAAGAAAGAAAUCAAAACAGGACAUCCUUGGUUUCCAGGCUACCGAAAUAUGGAAUGAAAACUUUGGGGGCUGUUUUGCAACCGAUGCCAAACGGGACAGCCGUGAACUUAGCAGGGAGUAAUGGUGGCAAAAAUUUCAACAAGCACAAUGGCACUGUUGGAAUGUCUUCCUUUGCUUUCAACUGGAAAAAAUCAAAUAAAUAUCAGUUUAAUGAUCAGAAUGGGAGAGAAGCCAACACCAGACGCAACUCUAAUGAAAAAUUAAUUGAUUCUGAGAAGUACCCUCAAUCUCAAGGAGCAUUGGGCAAUGAUGAGCUCAGGGUGGGUUUAAACAGUACUGCUUCGGUUGUGUCAAAAGCAGCAAAGCAAACCAAUAUGUUUGUAUCUUCUACUGAGGAAUUAAAUCCAAAGUCUAUACCUGGACUCUCUAGUUCAGCUAAAUUCACCAAAGGUACCCUGUCAGGAAGGACAUACUCUGGACUCAAUGCUCCAAGAUCAAAUUUAAAUGGAUUUUAUGGAAAUCGGCCGGUGGUAGGUUUGCAGAGACCUAGAGCUAAUUCUGGUGCCACAAGGACAAGUUCAGGAGAAAGCCUGGCACAGUCUACAGACAAUGCCAGCAAGGCUUUUUCCUGUGACAAAAUGGUAAGAUCACAAAGUUUCUCACAUUCCGUUCAGAAUUCUUUCCUUCCCACUGCAUCUCUAACCAGGUCACAUUCCUUUAACAAAGCUGUGGAUCUUACAAGGCCUUAUCAUAGUCAAAAUCUCGCUGCCAGGAUGUCUCAGAGGUCUGCUCUGCUGUCAAGGAACGCGUGUCAGUUGGAUGUACCCAAUGGAAACGAGCCGCUGAAGUAUGGAUUUACCAGACCGUACUCGGCUGUGUCAGCUCCCUGUUCCAAGAAACCCCCACUGUCAAAUGGAUCUGGGUCAGCACCUUCCUAUGGAUACAGAUUAAGUCGGCCUUCUCUGCUGAAGCCAACCAGGCAGCGCUUUGCUGGGAACGCCGUUGUGGAUGGCAGCAAAAGCGCGGCUCCGGACGCGUGCCUGGUGGAGAGUGCGGAGAUCUCAGCAAACAUCAACAGAGCCGUUGAUAAAAACAGCAUUCUGGAGAGCAGGGCUCAAAGAACAGAACCUGGGGAAGCCCUGCAUGAAAGUCUGGGAAAACAUGGGUCAAAAGUGAUGUGUAUGAGCGAUGAUGGAGAUGAAAUAUCGAUAUCUUCUUUGUCAUCCUCUGAGAAAAACGAUUUGAGUGAAGACUUCAGUGACGAUUUCAUAGAUAUAGAAGAGGCAAACAGAACUGUACAAAUCCAGCAGAAGGAGAGCUGCCUUCAGGAAUUAGAGCAUGGGGGCAGAACGUCCAUCGAGCCCUUCACGUCUCUCAAGGAAGGUGGAAGAUCUCACUGUAAUGCUGAUGACUGGCUUGAUAUAAAUGUGUCUGUGGAUGACAACAGCGAAAGCACAAAACACACUACUGAGAAUGUCAUCUCUUCAGAGAUGAACUACAGAGCUGGCUCCUCCUUUGAGCUUUCUCCAUCUGACAGCUCUGAUGGCACAUACAUGUGGGAUGAAGAAGGGCUGGAACCUAUAGGAAGUGUCCAUCCCUGUGGAAGUUACGACUCUUCAGAAAUGAACAGCAUAGAUAUCUUGAAUAAUCUUGAUUCAUGUGAUCUUGAAGAUGAUGAUCUCAUGCUUGAUGUGGACCUGCCCGAGGACCCACCUCGUGACAAAGAGGAAUGUGAAAAUAUGAGCCGCUAUGAGAGACAAGACAGAAAUGCGAGACAGCAUCAAGAGGGAUUCUGGAAAAGAGCACCACAACAGCGAUGGAAUACACAGGAGCACUAUCAUCUUGGCCAUACUGACCAUUAUAUCCAUGGUAAAAAUGAUUUGAACAGGGGUUCAAGCUACCUGGAGCCUGGCGUGGGUGUGCUGGAGAGCUGCGGGGCGGGCGGCGGCUGCGCGGCGCCGCGGGCGCUGGCGGAGAACACGGUGAUGCUGGACGAGAUGACCCUGCGGCACAUGGUGCAGGACUGCACCGCCGUCAAAACACAGCUCCUCCGCCUCAAGAGGCUGCUGCACCAGAAUGAUGAAAAUGUGUCACUCCAGGACAUCACAGUCUCAGUUCCAUCAAGUCCAGAACCACAAGAACCUGAGUCAACUUUUAAGAUGGAUGAUCUGCUGAACGAGAUCAGGCAGCUUAAAGAUGAACUGAGGAAAAAGGAUGAAACAAUCAACCAACUAGAGCAGCAGCUUGCCACUAGAUGUAACUGCCAGAAGGACAGUCAAAAGCCUCCAGGGGCAGUGCGCGCGCGUGCCGAUAAAUUCACACAAACCUCCUGGAGGAGGAGUUCUCCUCAAGUACUACAGCCUUCCAGCAGCCUUCCCAAUUCCACAGACCUCGCCCAGGGAAAACUAAUAAAAACUCCACAUAUCGAGGCCCACAGUGAAUAUCCUAAACCAGAUCUUCAUGACAAUAGAAAUCAUCAGAAUCGAAAUGCUGCAAAUGUCUCUCUCCCAAAUAGCCUGAAUGACGUAAACUCAUCAACAAGUGUACAGUUAAACACAAAAGAUGAAAAUGCAUCAUAUUUGGACAAUUUGAAAAACAAAAACACCGAAGACCCUGGAGAGGUGGCUAGUAAUAAGAAAGGUACAUUACCACCUCGUUCCCACUAUCAGACCUCUACACGAGCUGAUGCUCCAGAGGUGCAGACUGGAUUACCUGUGAAAGUUCAACCCUCAUUCACAAACCAGGCUUCCCAGCCAAAGACUUUGAGAAUCGUGAAGCCCCCAACUGCUUUAGUGCCUCCUACCGUGGCCAUUCCCGUACGAUCUGCAGAUCACUCUGCUGCUUCCAAGGAACGUGAGCUUCUACCACUGAGGAGUUCGACUCAGCCACAGCCAACAUCUGGGCAGGAUAACCUGAAGGGUAAACAGAGUCAGAAGGUGUCUAAACUUCGCCCACCAAGUACAUCGUUCGUCAAAUCCAAGCAAGUGAGCAGCCAGAAAUCCACACCAGUACCUCCAGAGCCUCAGAACACCUCCCUAAAGUCCAACAUCCCAAGGCCACCAGUCCAGAGGAAGGAGGGCGUGCAGACGCACUCCGCUGGUGCGCAUUCCGGGGACAGCGUGCCCUCCGCUCGGCAGUCCCGCCUCCCGAAACCAAAGACACACUGAGGCCGUCCCAACCUCACCCGCUGCCACGCCGUGUCCCACUUCCCCUCUUGUGACUGCCUUGGAGCCUGCUGUACCUGCAGCCUGCAAAUCCUGUCACUGUUCCAAACUGCAUCUUUAGGGUUUGCAUUCUCCAUCCUGCCGUGUUCUGAGGCUGAUGUUACGAGCUGUGCAGUUUCUCUUGAGCGCUUUAUUUUAUCGUUGGUCUGUAAUAAAGAUAGUAUUGCAAUCUUUGUAGUUAAGCAAAUACUGAAGUCUGUGAUGACCACAAAUGCCAGAAUGCUGCACUAUUUAUUUCAGGAUGGCAGAAAUUAUUUCUUACCUCUGUUUGAGUUAUUAGACAAUGAAAUUGCUGUUCUGUUGAACUUCUUGGUUCUGAGUACUCGUUAGGUCAGAGUGGUAGAAAAUUAGACUGACUAGCAGAUGUUUUAUUGGCCAUAAUUCUGACUCUGUAUUCCAGAGGCCUAUGCAAAAAUCCUUGUAUUUAUCAUUCUCUCAAGACUGACAUAUUUAAUGUUAUUUAAUCUCAUGGGUUGGGUGGGUUGUGUUGUUUUGUUUUGCUGUUAUCUGAAGUAGCUCUGUUCUUUAUUUAUCCCGUUUUCACUGUUCACAGACGUUAGGCAGAUUUCACAGGGUGAAAUGAAUCUUCUCGCUUAAACAUCCUCAUUUGGUAAAUGAUUGUGGUAUGUUUUUAUUGUGUUGAAUAGACACAUUACUGGGUAGAUUCUUGAAAUGCAGUGCUAAGGAUGUUUGUCCAAACCUUCCAAUGCAGGCUCUUAGGAAUUGGUAAGUAGGGAGCCUCUGGGAAUAAGGGGUCCAGAACACCUAUGAUGAGGUUGCACAACAUGCAUUUUAAUUAAUAUUUUAAACUUUUAUUGUUCUGCUUGUAUUUAUUGAUUUCUGCUUAAUAUUGAAAGGCUCUGAAGUACCUGACUUGAAAUUUUGCACAAACUUUGCCAUAUGUGUAAGAAUUUGAAACUAUUUUACAGAAUAAAACUUAUAUUAAAAAUGCAACUAUUUUUUAAAAAGGAAAAAAAUUAAUCCCUCUUAUUUGCUUUGAGCAAU